GCAUUACGUCGCUCCGCCCCGCACUGUGGACAGUCAAGUGGCUAUAUCCACAGCAGCACUUCUCUUACAGUGUUGUAAAAAGCUUCAGGGUGAGAGUAUUCGCCUCAUAUGACCAUAGUUAGUGAGCUGGACAAAGUCUUGACUCGGUAAAGAAGGGAAAUGGAGAACGGUGUGUCCAUAACCGGUGACACCACUGUGGACCAGGCUGUGAAGCAGUGGCUGCAGUAUGACAAGAACCCGAAGACAGUGUCUAUGGUGAAGGACCUGCUGAAAGAAGGAGCGGUGGAGGCUCUGAAGAAAUGUUUCUCCUCCAGGAUGGAGUUUGGUACAGCAGGUCUGAGAGCAGCCAUGGGCCCUGGCACAUCCUGUAUGAAUGACCUCACUAUCAUCCAGACCACACAGGGUUUCUGUCACUACCUGGAGGAGAGUUUUGAUAACCUAAAGGAGCGAGGGGUGGUGAUUGGGUAUGACGCCCGCGCCCACCCUCCCAGCGGGGGCAGCAGCAAGCGCUUUGCCAGCCUGGCUGCAGCUGUGUUCAUCAGCCGAGGGGUUCCUGUCCACCUCUUCUCCGACAUCACCCCUACUCCCUUUGUGCCUUUCACAGUGUCACACCUGGGUCUGUGUGCUGGUAUCAUGGUGACCGCCUCUCACAACCCCAAACAAGACAAUGGCUACAAGGUGUAUUGGGAGAACGGAGCUCAGAUUGUGUCCCCUCAUGACAAAGGUAUCGCCAAGGCCAUAGAGGAGAACCUGGAGCCCUGGCCUGAGUCCUGGAACACUGAGGAGGCCCUGAAGAGCUCCUUGCUCAAAGAUCCGUACCAGGACAUCCACACACAAUACUUCAAAGCCAUCCAGAAACACUGUCAUCACAGGGACAUAAACAAAAGUUCAGAGGUGAAAAUUGUGCACACAUCUGUGCACGGUGUCGGUCACACAUUUGUCCAGUCAGCUUUCAAGGCCUUUGAGCUUCACCCUCCAUAUGCUGUAGAGGAACAGAAAGAGCCAGACCCUGAAUUCCCCACUGUCAAAUAUCCUAAUCCUGAGGAAGGAGAGGGAGUCCUGACACUGUCGUUUGCACUGGCAGAGAAGGAGGGGGCCACUGUUGUGUUUGCAAAUGACCCUGAUGCUGAUCGACUGGCCAUUGCUGAGAAGCAGGAGAGUGGACAGUGGCGAGUGUUCAGCGGUAAUGAGUUGGGAGCGUUGCUCGGCUGGUGGAUGUUCCGCUGCUGGAAACAGCAGAACUCUGACGCUGCUGCUGUGAAAAACCUCUACAUGCUGUCGAGCACUGUUUCAUCCAAGAUACUGCAUGCCAUCGCUCUCAAGGAAGGCUUCCACUUUGAGGAGACACUGACGGGGUUCAAGUGGAUGGGAAACAGAGCCAGAGACCUUUUGGACCAGGGCAAGACCGUUCUGUUUGCCUUUGAGGAGGCCAUAGGGUAUAUGUGUAGUCCCUCUGUAUUGGACAAGGAUGGAGUGAGUGCCGCAGCCAUAGCAGGAGAGAUGGUUUCUUAUCUGGCCACGAAAAACACAAGCCUUUCUCAACAACUCACUUCCAUCUAUACAGAGUACGGCUACCACAUCACUAAGAACUCCUAUUUCAUCUGCCAUGACCAGGAUGUGAUCCGCAGCUUGUUUGAGCGCCUGCGCAACUUCAGCGACCAGAAAGACUCGUAUCCCACUGAAUGCGGUCGCUUCUCCAUCUCUGCUGUACGAGACUUGACCACCGGCUACGACAGCAACCAGCCUGGUAACAAGGCUGUUCUUCCCACCUCCAGGUCCAGUCAGAUGAUCACCUUUACCUUCUCCAAUGGGGGUGUGGCCACCAUGAGGACCAGCGGCACCGAGCCAAAAAUCAAAUACUAUACUGAACUCUGUGCUGCUCCUGGUAACAGUGAUUUGAAUCAUCUGAAGAAGGAGCUGGAUGACUUGGUCGAUGCCAUUGUUGAGAACUUCUUCGAGCCAGAGAAGAAUAAACUGCAGCCAAAGCCGGAGUAGCACUGAUAGACAUGCAUUCACAUACAGGACCAGUUGUUACUAAUAUCUCCGACCAGCUUUUCACACAAUGUCUUAAUUACUCCAGAAGGGAUUCUUGAUUUAACACGAGCUUGGCUUUGAUAAACAGUCAUUUUAAUGACAGAUUUACCAAUCUGUUUUCUGCCAGUUGGACCAGGGAUACUUUUACCUACUGAUGAAUCUGUCUUUAUUUUAAAGGAACUGUUCACCCUAAAAUCAAAAAAUACAUAUUUUUUUCUGUAGUCUAGAUUGUUUGGCAUGAGUAGCGGAGUGUUGAAGAUAUCGGCCAUUGACUUGUCUGCCUUCACUCCAAUAUGAUAAAACUAGAUGGCACUCAGCUUGUGGUGCUCAAAGUGCCAAAAAAAGUAUGUUUGAAAAACUCAACAGCAGUGUCUCUUUCCACAAAUUAUGACCUGGUUACUCAAUAUAAUCCACAGACUAGUGUAUACCCUGGACAAGUUGCCACACUAUCACAGGGCUGACAGGCAACAAUACAGGCAGUUUAGAGUAAACCUAGAAAACCCACGCUGAUGCAGACAGAACAUGCAAACUCCACACAGAAGCCCCCCCCCCCCCUGCUGUGAGGCAACAACCACUGCAGCAGAAAAAAAAUAUUUCCUACAUGAAACUGCUCUUGAGUAAGCUGGUCAUGAUUCCUGGAAAGAGAUAUUGCUGUUGAGUUUUUCAAAUGUUUUUUUUUUUUUUUUGGGCACUUUGAGCACAACAAGCCGGGUGCUAUCUAGUUCCAUUGUAUACAAGACAAGGCAGACAUCUUUACAGCCAUUAUCUCCAACACUCUGUGACUUGCACCAGAAUAAUCUCUAAGGACAAAUCACACUACAUGUGAAAAAUAUGUAUUUUUGAUUUGGGGGUGAACUGUCCCUAUAAUCAUCUGCAGGGUAUAUGACAACCUCAAACCUCCACUUUGAGUUUGUUUAGCCAUCCUUGUGUUUUUGGGUUUUACAUCCUGCAGUUACAUUAUAUCACCGCUCAGUAUUUUGGGAUUGAGUUAACCUCAGUGCCAGAGACUUGAAACCACAAAUGUAAAAUGUUCACCAUCCUUCAAUCACAGGCGUUCCUGAUGUUUCACUGUGGUGUACAGAUGCACACAUUGCUCUGAAUUUACCAAUUAUGCAUUCCACACUGCUUCAGUAUCAACUGCAAGGCCGCAGAUACAAAGAGUUAUACAAGUGAGUGUAAAUGGGAAGUGCUCAAAAUGAUCUUGUAACUUUAUUGAAUGUUGUAAACUGUUGUUAAACUUUGGAUGUGUAAUAUCUGAGACAACAGUAAGGUUUGACACUGAAAGUGAGAGUUGAAUAUAUUUUUAAGUUUAACACGCUGUCAUUCCACUGUUUGUAAAAUGACCAAACCUAAGAGCUUAGAGCACCACCAAGUGGAGAUAUUGUACAUUAAUAUUUCAAACGCACCCACUGCUCGUUACUUGAUGUGAAUAGUUAACGCUCAAGGGGACUCUGGACUCCACAAGGUUAAAUCUGUAACUAAGACCCUGUAACUUCUCAGUAUUUAAGUCAUGUGAAAUGUGCAGUUCGCAGCUCACCUUUCCUCAUGUGCCUCCUAUUCCAAGAUGCUGUGCUUAAUAUACAUUAUAACUCAAUAAAGAAACGUUCCUAACAGUG